AUGCCGCGAGAGCGAAGGCACCUGACCUCCGCAUCACGCUGGAAGGUGGGACUCCUCGGGCUCGUGCUGUGCGCUCCGGUGGGGCCCAACUUCUUCACCUUCGACGAGUCCAAACCGAAAGACCCUGGGAGGCGUGAGCUGCGACAUGAGUUCAGUGGCGUUGGAGAAGAGAGGCUCCUCUUGCCGCUCUCCUGCGGUGGUACCUUGUCAGUGCGUGGCUACGAGGCAUCUGAACAACAGGUGCCCAAGGGUUGGCCUUCUGGAAGCUAUCAAGAGUGGCGUAGUCUCAUCUUCGAGCCCGCAGAAACGGAGGAUGCCGGGCCACCUUUCAUCCAGUCCGUCUCCAAGGUGACCUGUUGCCCUGAUGGUCGCUGGUUCCCGGAGGCAGAUCCUCAGGUUUUAGCUUUGAACUAUCCCAAGACACUGGGCGCUGCCGUCGCUGCAUCCUUGAAGCUUUUGCACGUGGAACGUCCAAAGAUCCUGGUGAUUGGCUUAGGCUCCGGUGCGGUGCCCCUGUGGCUGGCGGAGCUGUUUCCAGACAGCCAGGUAGACGUGGUGGAACUCGAGGGAACGGUGAUCCAGGCAGCAUCCGAGGUUCUGGGCUUUCCCAUCGAGGUGCCUGGUGCAGGUGAUCGAAACCUUUCGCCCCUGCGUGGACGGAUGGGUCAACGCUUGCGUGCCAUUGAGGGAGACGGUGCUGCUCUUGCCUAG